UCAAAUCUCGCUGUAGCGCUAAUUUGCAUGACAUCUUGUCCACAUCACGGAUAUGGAGGAGAUCUCAAGUGGAAAACAGAACAGGAAGGAUUGGUGCUGGCUGCUCAAAAUGCUGGCUCGCUUCUCACUUUGGUCACAGGAAUGUGGGCAGACCGUCUCAACGGGAAGUGGAUGGUUUUCGUUGCGCUUCUUCUUUGUUGCGUUGGCAACCUUGUUCUUCCUCUGUUUGCUGCCGAAUCAUUUUGGUUCGCUGUAGCUGCUAGAGUCGCUGUAGGAGCUUCAGAUGCUUGUCUGAUGCCUGCCUGUAAUUCAUUGAUCACAAGGUAA